AUGUGCAAGGAGAGCUAUGCCGAUAAUCCAUAUGAAGAAGCGACGAUUCGAGAAUUUGAAAGAGACUAUCAUUCACAAAAGAGUAUUUGGUGGUACACUCGAGACUCUUGUCUCUAUCGAAUCCUCAACAAAGCUCUUCGACUUCAAGACAUUGAUCUUCUCUUCUCAAUGAGAUUUCUCAUCAAAGAUAUUAGCCAACAGCUGAAAGAUGAACAUCGAAAGUUCGUCAAGAAGAAAGGUGUAAUUCGAGUCUAUCGUGGUCAAGCAGUGUCGACAGAGGAGAUGAACAAGUUGAGAUGUGGAGAAGGACAGUUGAUUUCAUUUAACAACUUUCUCUCGACGAGUCUCAACAAAGUUGAGGCGCUGAUGUUUGCACGUCAAGAAGUUCUCUUCACUCUCGGUUCUGUGUUUCGACUAGAGAAUGUCAUGUUCGAUGAGAGAGAGGCGUUGUGGUGUGCCAGGCUAACAUUGUGUAAUGAAGAUGAUCAAGAUAUGAAAGAGAUGUAUGAGCAUCAGAAGAAGAGUGUUGGUGGUGGAGAUGAACAAGCCAGUCUCCUCUCACUUGGUUUUCUGUUGGCUAACAUGGGUAAAUAUGAGAAAGCGAAACAAUACUACACUCGUGUAUUGGAUGAGUUGAACGAUGAUGAUAUGAAUGUUGCUGAGUGUUAUCAGAGACUCGGCGAAGUAAGUGCAUCACAAGGAGAAUAUGAUGUUGCACUCGAUCAUUUGAAUGAAGCCGUGAAACUGUACAAGAAGUUUCAACAUGCACAUGACACACUAGACAUUGGUUACUGUUAUUAUUGGAUAGGCAGAGUGUACUUGCACAAAGAAGAUUAUGAAACAGCGCUUUCUUACUUGAACAAAGAUUUGGCUAUAACACAAGCGAAGCUUCCUGCUCAUCAUGUGGAAACUGCUUGGACUCUACGUGAAAUCGGUAAUGUUCACUAUUACCAAGGGGAUAAUGAUUCUGCGUUGUCUUAUCAUCAGCGUGCUCUUGUCAUGUACAAGAAGGUAUUGCCCCCGACUCACUCUGACAUAUCAGGUAGUCUGACAGAGACUGGCCAUGUGUAUUUGGACAAGAAAGAGUACGAUCGAGCUCUCGAUUAUCACAAUCAAAGUCUUCAGAUGCAUCGAAAGUCACUUCCACCCGAUCAUCCAGAUGUAGCUACCAGUUACCAUUCGAUCGGUCGUGUGUAUGAAGAUAAGAAUGAUUUGACGAGAGCUCUGGAGUAUUUCGAGAAGUGUCUCGUCAUUCGAAAGAAAUCUCUCCCACCAUCUCAUCCGUACAUUCAAAGUGUGAGUGACGUUAUCCGACGGGUGAAAUCGAAGUAA